AUGGAAAGGAGGAAGGGGGAGAGGAGAGGAGAGCACAGCAAGCCUUCAGGAAGGCAAUUUUAUAGAGUAGAGUUUCUUAAGAUCCUUUGUGUCAUAGACACCUUUGAAAAUCUGAGGAAAGCCUUGGAACACUAUUGUGAUUAUAAGAGAGUACAGCUUUUGUCUCAAUUUAUCUCUUUAUUUACUGGAUGCAUUUAUGGAAAGCACAUAACAAGUCUCUGGGAAGAAACAGAAGGAAUCAUAAAAGCGAUUAAGAGAGCUCAAAUAAUGGGGUUUGUGCCAGUUACAUACAAAGAUUCCACAUAUCUAAAAGAACAUAAAUCUUGUAACAUCAAGUAUCAGGAGUAA